GCCGACGGCCGCGCCCGGCGGGGAGCGCGGCGGGGACGGAGCGGCCCCGGAGGAUGGGGCGUGCGGAGGCAGGUGCUGGGCUGGGGACCGUGUCGCUGUGGGGCAGCCUCCUGCUCGCUGCCGGCCUUACCCUCGACCCAGCACCGCAAAGCUGCAACUGCACGGAGCCCAUGGACUUCCAGGUGUUCCGCGAAGCUCCGCUCACCGAGAGCUGCUGCCUCAACUUCACCAGCUCCAACAUCACCCACCUGGACUGGGGAGCACUGGUAGGGGUGCGGGGGCUGCGGGAGCUCUACCUCUCGCACUGCAGCAUCACGGACAUCAGCAAUGCACAAGGAGUCCCCCCUGCCUUGGAGAUCUUGCACUUAAGUCACAACCUGCUGGAAAGACUCCCUGGAAGCUUUCUGGAAGAUGCCCCUAAUUUGAGGGUCCUUUAUCUGGACAGCAACCAGCUCCAGGAGCUGCCCAGGUUCUUCCUGAGAGCAUCCAACCAGGUCCAGGAAGUCUACCUGGGCUUCAAUGCCCUGACUUUCCUUCCCACCAGCCUCCUGAAGCCGUCUCUGCUUCAUCUCCAGCUCUCCAACAAUAGCUGGGACUGCAGCUGUGCUUUGCUCAGCACCCUGGAGGACUGGCCCAGCCUGGCCGCUGAGGUUAUCUGCCACACACCGGAGCGCUACCACGGUGUGGACCUCCAGAGCAUCCCCCGGGAUGAGCUGUGCCACUCCAUCAGCCUCACCGCCCUCUUCAUCUGCCUACCCCCUCUCCUCAUCCUCGCCAUCGUCACCUGGUGCUUCUGCAGGCGGAAGAGAAAGACCAACUACAGCUUUCAGAGCAGGUCCCAGAGCCACCUGGCCACAGCAGAGAGGGGCAAUGCACCAGUGCCUGCAGAACCCCACCACUAUGUCCCCUACGAUCUGCCUGCUGCCCCCUCUGAGACUGAGAAGAAGGUGCUGCUGGGGAGCCAAGUCAUGCUCCAGCCCUCUGUGGACGCACUGGACAGCAGCAGGGACCUCUAUGAGGAGGUGGAGAUCCGGGUGGGAUCCCCCAGCAUGUCCCAGGUGCCAACCUAUGAAGGGCAGCGGGUUACGGGGCUGGGCAGGCAGCGGGACACCCCAUCCCCGAGGGCAGAGGAGCUGGGGGGCAGUGAUCCAGAGGUGGACACCGUCAGCGUGAGUGAGGUCCUGAAGGACUCAGCUGACCGGGAGAAGAUCUACAUGAGUCAGUCAACCAACUAUUACAACCUGGUACCCGGCAUCGAGCUGGAGGACUCAGACAACGUGGAGUAUGAGAACAUCGACCUGCACUGAUAAUGGGACUCGAGCUGUGUCUGGGACACAGCAGGAUGGAAGAGGACAGCCAGUGGUGAAAGCCAGCACAGCAGAAGAGCCACGAGCUGUCCUGAUAUGGCUUACAAUGGCUGCUUGCAAAGCUGCACUCCAAAUCCCCAUCCCUUCCCCUGUGCUACCGUGUGCACCCCUCGCUUGCCGUGUGCUACAGCUCAGCAAGGGGUGGUGAGGACACGGGGCAGGCUGGUGGUGUUUGGGGAUGCACGGAUUGGCAAGUGCCCAAGGAAGGACAUGGAGAGGUGGGGGCUAGUUUUGGGGACAAGGUGACAAUACUGUGUGUGCCAGACUCACUGACUGACCCUCCAUCCUCUCUUGGUGUAGCCAAACGGGAUCUGGCAUGGACUUACUGCUCCCCAGCCUGCAGAGAACAGGGUCUGGGGACAUGAAAUGGGGCUGUCUGUGCCUACAUGGUCUGUGGGGAGUGUCAUACAUGGUUGGGUGCCCUGCCUGCUGCACACCCCACAUCCUGCAGUGUCCCAUGGGGGCUAGAAACAGCUGGUGCAUGUGUGCUGCUGCAUGCAUGGGUGUGCAUGCACAUGUGUGUGCAGGGACUCUGCACAGUUAGCUGUGAGUGGGUGUGCAGGGUGCACAACAUGCACACAGGGAAGCACUGGAGGGGGCCCCUUGCAGCAUCCCCUGCUCACUGUGCUCCCAAGCCCUGUAGGAUCCAGCUCUCAGUAAGAAAUAAAUCAUUUUACUCCUGG